AUGAGAAUCGAGACGUGCUACUUCUGCUCUUCGCCGGUUUACCCGUCUAAGGGUAUAACCUUCGUCCGCAACGAUGCCCGCGCCUUCCGCUUCUGCAAGUCCAAAUGCCACAAGAAUUUCAAAAUGAAGCGAAACCCCCGCAAGCUCGCAUGGACGAAGUCUUUCCGCCGCGCACACGGCAAGGAAAUGACCGUCGACAGCACACUCGCCUUUGCCGCACGCCGCAAUAUCCCCACGCGCUACAACCGCGACCUCGUCCAGACGACACUCAAGGCUAUGGGCCGUGUCUCUGAGAUUCGUGCGAGGCGCGAACGCGCUUUCUACAAGGCGCGCAUGCGGGGUAACAAGGAGAGGCAGAGGGCGGAUGAUAGGAAGUUGGUUGAGGAGAACCAGCAUCUGUUGCCGCCGAGUGAGAGGUGGGCGGUCGCACAAGAGGAGGUCAUGGAGGUCGAUGUUGAUGCGGUCAAGGAGAAGGUUGCGAAGAGGAGGAAGGAGAUUGAGGAGGAUGAGCUGAGCGAGGAGGAGGUCGCGGUGCCGAAGAUGAAGAGCAAGAGGAAGUUGAAGAUGAAGGUUGGUGGUGGGGUCGAGGCGAUGGAAGUUGACGACUGA